AUGGACGCCAACGAAGGAGGCUCGUCCUCCCAGCCGGCUGCUUCCACACAAGUUCCAGGGCAAGGCUCGUUGGACCGCUACGAACGACGCACAAAUCGUCGAGUAACCUUUCAGACUGGUGACAGUGCCCCUGAAGGUGAUAGCCGAAUGGUGGAAGACCACUUUAAUGCGGAAACGCAGUCCUUUCUUGAACCCGCGGACGUAGGACCAGCACAAAGGAAACGCUCGCGAAGUAGAAUGUACAACACUCUUCCGGAGAAUUCUCCUGAUGACGAGCAUCCUGCAGAACUCACGCAGGAACCCGAGCUGAUCAUUGAACGCCGUUGCGCACCCGGAAACAUAUUGAAACUGUAG